AUGGCAUCUCUCAGAUCAUGGUUUCCAAUUCCCAAGUCGAGCCACUUCUCUUUGGCCAAUCUACCCUUUGGCAUCAUCUCGACGGCAUCCAAGCCCACUCCGCGCCCGGCUGUGGCCAUUGGCGAACACUGCUUGGACUUGCAGGAAUUUGCAGCCUCAGGGGCAUUCUCGUCACUCGGAUUUGACGUCUCGUGUUUCUCCAAGUCUACCCUCAAUGACUUCGCAGCGCUGGGCAGACCAGUCCAUCGCUCCGUGAGGAAAUACCUCCAGGACGUCUUUGUUGAGAACACAUCUCUUGCGGAUGUCUUGCAAAACAACAAAUCACUGCAAGAAAAGUGCUUAGUCCCCACAGGCCAAGUCGAGAUGCACAUGCCCAUGCACAUUGGUGAUUAUACGGACUUUUACGCCGGCAAGAACCAUGCCUUCAACGUUGGUUGCCUUUUCCGAGGACCUGAUAACGCCCUGCAACCAAACUAUACGCAUUUACCUGUGGGAUACCAUGGCCGAGCCUCGUCUGUGGUCAUUUCAGGCACCCCAAUCACACGGCCCAAUGGCCAGAUCCUGGAGAACCCCGCCGCAGCCACCAAGAAACCCAUCUUCAGCCCUUGCAGGAGACUGGAUAUCGAAUUGGAGCUCGGCGCCUUCCUGUGUAAGGGUAACAAAAUGGGCACCAACAUCCCUAUCUCGGAGGCUGCAGAUCAUAUCUUUGGAUUCGUGCUGCUCAAUGACUGGUCUGCUCGAGAUAUCCAAGCAUGGGAGUACGUCCCGCUGGGACCGUUCUUAGCUAAGAACUUUGGCUCCACCAUCAGCCCGUGGGUGGUGCUGACCGAUGCAUUGGAGCCUUUUCGAUGCAAAGGCAUCCCGAAUGAUACGGAGCUGCUGCCCUAUCUACAAGAGAAGGAGGAGAAGAACGUAUACGACAUUCGGUUGCAGGUUGAUAUCACACCCGAGAGCGGAUCGACGACGACAAUCUUGAAUUCCAACGGCCGCAACCUGCUCUUCUCAUUUCCGCAGAUGCUGGCCCAUCACUCCAUCGGCGGGUGCCCCAUGGCGGUGGGUGACCUUCUCGGGUCGGGCACUAUCAGUGGUACCGAGCCAGGCACGGAAGGAAGUAUGCUCGAAAUCUCCAAGGGCGGGAAAGAAAGUAUCAAGUUGGCUGGCGGAGUGGAGCGGAAGUUCUUGUUGGACGGAGAUACAAUCACCAUGUACGGUGUCUGCGGCACGGAAGAUUCGGGACUCGUGGGCUUCGGAGAGUGUUCGGGCAAGAUCCUGCCAGCUCCUAAGGUCUGA